AUGGAAGUGUUUGCUUUUGCUUAUGAUCGCAUGAAUGAGGAUUACAAGUUAGUAAUUGUUGUACACCUUCUUGAGAUGACUGUCUAUAGGCUAGGAUCAAAUUUAUGGGAAAAUAUUCCAGUGACUAACCCAUACUGGAUUCCUAAGGGAAAAUCUGGGGUACUUGUAAAGGGCGAUCUUCAUUGGUUAGCCUCAGGGAACAAUGGCUUUUGCAUUGUCUCUUUGGAUAUGAGCAAUGAAAAAUUUGAAGAAAUCCAACUAUCGGAGGAUUGUUUCCUAAAUGGACCAUAUUUUUCUCUAGGCAUGUUGAGAGAGUGUCUUUCUUUACUUGUUGAGGUUGAUAAGGGUCAAGUUGAAGUCUUGGUAAUGCAAGAGUAUGGAGUUCGACAAUCUUGGGCUAGACGUUAUAUCAUUACCCAUGAGAUAAUACUUAGAACAAUCAGUGCUAAUAGCAGUCAGUGGAAUUCUUUGAAGAUUAUGUGGACUUUCAAAAAUGGUGAGAUUCUAUUUGUGGGUUCUGACAAUCUAGUAUACUAUGACCCGAAACAUGGAAGUGUUGUUGAAAGAAAUCUGAAUGGCCUAACUUGCUCUAGAAAUCUUAGUUAUGUUGAAAGCUUAAUUUCACCCAACUCUGGUACUUACCUAGGGAGGGAACAUAUGUAG